AUGAAGGCGUCCCGCAGUAGCGGGCGGGCUCGGCGAGGACGCCACGAGUCAGGGCUGGGGGGCGCGGCGGAGCGAGGCGCGGGGGAGGCUCGGCUGGAGGAGGCGGUCAACCGCUGGGUGCUCAAGUUCUACUUCCAUGAGGCGCUGCGGGCCUUUCGGAGUAGCCGGUAUGCAGACUUCAGGCAGAUCCGGGACAUCAUGCAGGACUGUUCCUCUGAUAUGGAGGCUGAGCUCACACCAUUGGAAUCAGCUAUGAAUGUGCUGGAGAUGAUUAAAACGGAAUUUACACUGACAGAAGCAGUGGUCGAAUCCAAUAGAAAACUGGUCAAGGAAGCUGCUGUCAUUAUUUGUAUCAAAAACAAAGAAUUUGAAAAGGCUUCAAAAAUUUUGAAAAAACAUAUGUCCAAAGACUCUUCAUCUCAGAAGCUCAGAAGUGAUCUCCUCAACAUUAUCCGAGAAAAGAACUUGGCCCACCCUGUUAUCCAGAACUUCUCCUACGAGACCUUCCAGCAGAAGAUGUUGCGCUUCCUGGACAGCCACCUGGAUGACACAGAGCCCUACCUCCUCACGAUGGCCAGAAAGGCUUUGAGAUCUGAGUCUGCAGCCUCAAGUACAGCAAAGGAGGACAAGCACCCAGCACCGCAGCCCGUGGAGAAGCCACUCUGAGAGCCUGCACGGCAGCUACAGAAUACUCCAACUACUUUUGGUAUUAGGACUCUGAAGGCAGCUUUCAAGCUGUCUGGUGUCCAGGAUUCCGAGGCGGCCUUCUCAAAACUGGACCAGAAGGAUCUGGUACUUCCUAAUCAAGCACCCCUGUCAUCACCAGCCCUCAAAACCAAGAGACCCAGAAAAGAUGAAAAUGAAAACUCAGCUCCGGCUGAGGGUGAGGGCACCUCAGAACUGCAGCCUAAGAACAAGCGCAUGACAAUAAGCAGAUUGAUUUUGGAGGAGAACAUCCAGAGUACUGAGCCCAACACAGGCCUCAGCUCCUCCCCAGAGGUUGUGUCCAAGUCCACUGUCCUCAGCCAAGCCCGCCCAGGGGAGAAGAAUCCCAAAGUAUCCAAAGGCAAGUGGAACAGCUCUAAUGGGGUUGAAGAAAAAGAGACGUGGAUUGGAGAGGACGAACUGUUUCAAGUUAAGGGAGCAACAGGUGAAAACAGUACAGCCAAUGUAACGAGAAAGCAGAAAUGGACUAUAGAAGAAAGUGAAUGGGUCAAAGCCGGAGUGCAGAAAUACGGGGAAGGAAACUGGGCUGCCAUUUCUAAGAAUUACCCAUUUGUUAACCGAACAGCUGUGAUGAUUAAGGAUCGCUGGCGGACCAUGAAAAAACUUGGCAUGAACUGAAACAGGCUUUCAUUUCAAAAGAAUUCACAGGAGCAUGGUUCCUAAUAAUAGUCCCUGGUAGUCUGCUGUUUCUUUCAGAAGAUGGUAUGGGAUGAAAAUUUGGGGCAGCCUCCUUCAAUGUGGGGGAGCUUCCAGGGCCACUUCAUCACUGUUGGAGAUCAUGGAGCUAAGAACUAAGAAGCAAAGCCACACCAAUCCCAUGUCCUUGGCAGAGAUGACAGGCACACAGCUUGUACAGUGCCAGAGUAUCAUUAGUGUUUCCCUUCUUUAGUGAUUUGCUGAAAUUUAAAUCUCCAGUAAUCUAUAGAACCUUCUCCUAAGAAAUGGUGGAGCCUGUUAGGAUCCACUUGUUUUUCCAUGACCUGUCAAAACCAGCAUCAUGAGCAUUAUCUGGAGUGAACUUGUUCUGGCCUUCUGACACAAAUGCAAAGAAACUCUUCUGUUAUGAGCCCAAGUUGAGAGAACAGUCUCUGGAAUCCGAUUCCUUUUAAAGUGUUUACCCACUUGUGACAUCAACCCUAGACCUGACUGCCUUGGCAUUUGCCCCUAAUAUGUGCUGGGCUACACGGGCAGGUUUAACCUCCGCUUCUUAUGUGGUUGAACCAGUGUGUUUCGGUAAAAUUGUGAUUGUAGAUAAGCUUAGCCCCCCCAUACCCCCCCACAACUCCUUUCUUGAUUUUCUUCCUUAUGCUGAACUUUUCAAGCUUAAAAAAAAAUCCUGAUUGAAUAUCAAUGCCUAAUUCUAUUUGUGUAACAGUUGCUUCUGCUGAUUCCCUAAUUGUGCUGUGUUAGUGUCUUGCACUGGAAUUCAACAUUCCCUUCACCGUGUUGUACUUGCUGUCUCUCUCAGACAUCCUUAAAGACUGUCUUUUUAGCAGAAA